CAAUCAAGAGCACUAAAUGGUCCCCUAGGCCACGAAUAAUAAUGGAAUAACAAGCUUUCACAUAAGUGGUGGUGAGAGGAAUAAGCAUCCAUGGCACCUCCUUCAACUCCUACACUAGUGGCGCCCAUAGACCUGAAAAAGAAGCCACAUGAACAGGUGCCGCCGCUGCACAACCGCUGGCAUCCUGAUAUACCACCGGUGGCAGAGGUUGAAACGGGGCAGCUUUUCAGGGUGGAGAUGGUUGACUGGACCGGCGGCGCAAUUCAAGAUAAUAACGACGCAAUUGAUGUCAAGACCUUAAACCUCUCAACGGUGCACUAUCUAAGUGGACCAAUCAGAUUGGUAGACAGUGAUGGAAUCCCAGCAAAGGCAGGUGACCUUCUUGCUGUAGAAAUAUGCAACCUGGGACCUCUACCUGGGGAUGAAUGGGGAUAUACAGCAACAUUUGACAGAGAGAAUGGUGGUGGAUUCCUAACAGAUCACUUUCCUAGAGCUACCAAGGCCAUUUGGUAUUUCGAAGGGAUAUAUGCCUACUCACCUCAUAUUCCAGGGGUCAGGUUUCCUGGUUUGACCCACCCUGGGAUAAUAGGAACAGCACCUUCAAAAGAAUUACUACAUAUAUGGAAUGAUAGGGAGAGAAAACUUCAAGAAAGUGGUCCUCAAUCACUGAAAUUAUGUGAGGUUUUGCAUUCAAGGCCUCUCGCAAACCUACCAUUGGCAAAAGGGUGUGUUCUUGGCAAGAUUCAAGAAGGGACACCAGAAUGGGAAAGAGUUGCUCUAGAGGCUGCUAGGACUAUUCCUGGAAGAGAAAAUGGAGGAAACUGUGAUAUCAAAAAUCUAAGUAGAGGUUCAAAAAUCUAUCUUCCUGUGUUCGUAGAAGGUGCGAAUCUCAGCACUGGGGACAUGCACUUCUCUCAGGGUGAUGGAGAGGUGGCCUUCUGUGGUGCAAUAGAGAUGAGUGGUUUUCUUGAGCUCAAGUGUGAAAUCAUAAGAAAUGGCAUGCAAGAGUACCUCACUCCGAUGGGGCCCACUCUACUGCAUGUAAACCCCAUAUUUGAGAUAGGGCCAGUAGAGCCAAGGUUCUCAGAUUGGUUAGUUUUCGAGGGAAUCAGUGUCGAUGAGAGUGGACACCAACACUACCUCGAUGUCAGUGUAUCCUACAAACGUGCAGUGCUAAACGCAAUUGAUUACCUAUCAAAGUUUGGCUACUCUAAGGAGCAGGUCUAUCUCUUACUCUCAUGCUGCCCUUGCGAGGGCAGGAUCUCAGGUAUAGUUGAUUCCCCUAAUGCUGUUGCAACACUAGCAAUUCCCACUGCCAUUUUCGAUCAGAAGCAAUGAACUUCACAUGCAGGACAUUCGUCCAAAAACCAACACAACUCCAGUACACCAGCGGCUAGGAAGGAAUCCCGGACUCCCACAGUGUACUUAUGAUGGAGACUUGCCAACCACUAUAAACCCGUGUUCUACAAUUUCACACUAGCAGCUGGCUAUACGCAGACACGCAGUGAGCAUACUUUUUAACAUGUACUUGCACAAAAUAAAUGUGUGAUAAACUGAAAGGCACCAAUUCAAAUGCAUUUUGC